UGAAAGAAGGUGGCGAAGGAGGAGCCCGAGCAGCUGCUGCCAGCCGGCGGGCACCAGAGUCCUGCCCGCUGCCGCACGAGUAGCCACGGGCGCGAUCGGGGCCAGAAGUCUCCUCCUCCAUGAUCCCUUUGGGAGCCGGGGGAAGACUUUGCCCGGCCGUGAGAGCUGGUCUGCGUUUCCCAGGCGCGGCGGCGGCGGCGGAGCAGCGGCAGCAGCCGGGUCCGAAGCGGAGCGGCCACGGACCGGGGCGUGUGCGCCCCGCUCGGAGGGUGCUCGGGUUCCCCACGGAAUGUCCCCGGGGCGCCCUGCGCGCUGACCCCCCAGCCGCCUCCGCCGUCGGCGCCUGCUGCCUCUCUCGGGCGGACUCGCUGUUCGGGACUGCAAGCUUCCCCGCUCCUGGGCAGUGGGGAAGCCCCCGGGGGCGGGUGACCUCAGCUGGCCGGGACCCAGCCCUCCCCCGUGCGUAUCUCUCUUAAGAUGGCAGCGGAGUCAGGGGAACUAAUCGGGGCUUGCGAGUUCAUGAAAGAUCGGUUAUAUUUUGCUACUUUAAGGAAUAGACCAAAAAGCACAGUAAAUACCCACUAUUUCUCCAUCGAUGAGGAGCUGGUCUAUGAAAAUUUCUAUGCAGAUUUUGGACCUUUGAACUUGGCAAUGGUGUACAGAUACUGCUGUAAACUAAACAAGAAACUAAAACCAAAGAAAAUUUUCAAGAAUAUCCCUUUCCUGGGAAAGUUGGAGUCAUACAGUUUAUCACGAAAGAAAAUUGUGCACUACACCUGUUUUGACCAACGGAAAAGAGCAAAUGCAGCAUUUUUGAUCGGUGCUUAUGCCGUAAUCUAUUUAAAGAAGACACCAGAAGAAGCCUACAGAGCACUCCUAUCUGGCUCAAAUCCCCCCUAUCUUCCAUUCAGGGAUGCUUCCUUUGGAAAUUGCACUUACAAUCUCACCAUCCUCGACUGUUUGCAGGGAAUCAGAAAGGGAUUACAACAUGGAUUUUUUGACUUUGAGACAUUUGAUGUGGAUGAAUAUGAACAUUAUGAGCGAGUUGAAAAUGGUGACUUCAACUGGAUUGUUCCAGGAAAAUUUUUAGCAUUUAGUGGACCACAUCCAAAAAGCAAAAUUGAAAAUGGUUAUCCUCUUCACGCCCCCGAAGCCUACUUUCCUUAUUUCAAAAAGCAUAACGUGACUGCAAUCGUGAGGCUGAACAAAAAGAUUUACGAGGCGAAGCGCUUCACUGAUGCCGGCUUCGAGCACUAUGACCUCUUCUUCAUCGAUGGCAGCACACCCAGCGACAACAUCGUGCGAAGGUUCCUGAAUAUCUGCGAGAACACGGAGGGGGCGAUCGCGGUUCACUGCAAAGCUGGUCUUGGAAGAACAGGGACCUUGAUAGCCUGUUAUGUCAUGAAACACUACAGGUUUACACACGCGGAAAUAAUUGCUUGGAUCAGAAUAUGCCGGCCCGGCUCUAUUAUAGGACCCCAGCAGCACUUCCUGGAAGAAAAACAGGCAUCGUUAUGGGUCCAAGGAGACAUUUUCCGAUCCAAACUGAAAAAUAGACCAUCCAGUGAAGGAAGUAUUAAUAAAAUUCUUUCUAGCUUGGAUGAUAUGUCUAUUGGUGGAAACUUAUCUAAAAUACAAAACGUGGAGAGAUUUGGAGAGAAUAAUUUAGAAGAGGAUGAAGAUGUGGAAAUGAAAAAUAAUAUAACCCAGGGAGACAAACUACGUGCCUUAAAAAGUCAGAGACAGCCACGCUCCUCACCAUCGUGUGCAUUUAGGUUGGAGGAUAUGAAAGGGCACCCAAGAGCAGUGUCCCAGCCUUCCAGAUUGAGUUCUUCCCCACAAGGAUCUGCAUCUGGCUUGAAGACCUCAAAAGUGGCUUUGUCCCCUUCGGUGAUGGCCAAGAGGAUAAACAGAGGCUCCUUGUCCUCAGGCACCAGUGUAAGAAGCUUUUCCAUAAACUCCCGGCUAGCCAGUUCUCUAGGGAACUUGAACGCUGCAGCAGACGAUCCAGAGAACAAAAAGACUGCCUCACCCUCCAAGGUGGGUUUCGUAGCCAACCCGUUCACCAGCCUCUUGAAUGGCAGCUCCCAGCCGCCUGCCAGAAAUUACCCUGAGCUCAACAACAACCAGUACAGCAGAAGCAACAGCAGCAGCGGGAGUGCCCUGAACAGUCAGCCGGGCCCUCACAGCGCCAAGACCGAGGAGCACACCACCGCCCUGCGGCCCUCCUACACCGGCCUUUCUUCUUCCUCAGCGAGAUUCCUGAGCCGAUCCAUCCCCUCCCUUCAGUCUGAAUAUGUUCAUUACUAAGGCCUUGCCACUCCGGUGAAAGCUGUUCUACUCUUAGACACAAUUGCUUCAUCUGGACGAGCAAUGUAGAGAGAAAGCAGCUGCUUUUGCCAGAAGAAUAUCUCUGCCUUCUUACCUUAAAUUAAAGAGAGCACUAAGAUAAGACCUUCAUGAGACUUGAAACCAGAACACUCUGGUUAAUGACUACUAUAAAUGCACUGAAACUAUGUUUAUGAAGAUGUCAACCCUUUUUAAGACAGUUUUCAUGUUGAAUUUGGUAUUUUGAAAGGUUAUUUUUUAAUGUAUUUCGUAAUACAUUUGUUAUUACAUUUACAUGUACAGUGUUACGUGAUGUAUGUAUUGUGAACUUCAAAAGACUAUUUUGAUAAAUUUAUAAAUAUAUAAAAUUAUGUAAAAACUAGACUAUAUUUUGACUUAGGUUUUCUUCCUGUU